AGCACAUGCGCCGCUAUGUUUUGAAAAGCCGGGGCAGCCAAAGCCGCUGACUGCGCUGUUUAGCUUCGCGUUUGCACGGAUUUCUGCACACCAUAAGCAUGUUUACAAUGUAAGAGCAAACGAAAACAUGCCGAAGUCCGCUAAAAAGUCCUGCACCACUCAGACCUCCAUCAGCAGGUACUUCGGAGGUCCGAGCAGCAGCGGCGCCUCCGUUAACCAGAAUCCUGCUCUGCACCAGCUUUCAAGACGCAAGAAGAAACUUUCCCCUGAUCGUAGUGAUUUGGGAUUGUCAACAAAACGAGCCAAGCUUUGUGUCCAAGACCAGCAGGUGGAGGAUUUGGACUGUGAGCCAGCACCCUGCCAGAUCACUAAAGAGAGGAGCCGAGGGGCAGCCGGCAGCCUCUGCUCCUCCACCUUGGAGAAGCUGAAAGGCUUCACCUGCUCGGCCGAGCCCGGUGUCGCUCAGAGGGACGAACAGAAGACAGGUGGUUCUGGUAGCAGUACGAUCCGUGACAGAGGAGGCGGCGCUCGGCCUCCCUGGGAAGGAACAGAUCAACGCAGCGAGGACAACAGCCUUAAACAGCCAGAGGAGGAGCUUGAGGAUGAGGAUGAGGAGGUCAAAGAAAAGGAGAGUUCAGGGACGGCUGCUGCAGAACAGGCGUUCCCCUUGUCUGAGUUUGCUAAGUCAGGAGGACGGAGAGGAAAAGGUGCAGAGCCGAGUCCUCCGUCCGACUCCGGCAACCCCUCCAGACGCUCGAAGAGCGCGUACACUCCCCUGGAACAGCAGGUCAUCGCGCUGAAACAGCAGCAUAAGGAUGCCCUGCUGGCUGUGGAGUGUGGAUACAAGUACAGGUUCUUUGGGGAGGAUGCAGAGAUCGCUGCGAAGGAGCUGAAUAUCGUCUGUCACCUGGAUCAUAACUUCAUGACGUGCAGCAUCCCCACGCACCGUUUGUUUGUUCACGUCAGACGGUUGGUGUCCCACGGACACAAGGUUGGUGUGGUUAAGCAGACGGAGACGUCCGCGAUCAAGGCCUCGGGGGCCAAUAGGAACGCUCUGUUCUCUCGUCAGCUGAGUGCUCUGUACACCAAGUCCACUCUGGUGGGAGAGGAUGUGAACCCGGUCUGUAGACUGGGCGAUGUGGAGGAGGGGGGCGGUGGUGACGUGGUGUCGGACCCUCCUGACAGCUUCCUGCUGUGUAUCAGCGAGAACUGGGACAAACCGAAGAAGCAGCUCACUGUGGGGCUGGUGGCGGUUCAGCCCAGCACAGGGGACGUGUUACUGGACUGCUUCCCUGAUGGUCAGUCUCGCUCUGAGCUGGAAGGUCGUGUCCUAAAGAUUAACCCCGUGGAGAUCCUGGUGCCCUCUGACCUCUCAGAACAAACCCUCAGACUCAUACAGAGCAUCGCCAAUGCCAGACUUAAAGCUGUUCAGGCGACUGGCACCUUUCAAUCAAGUCCAAUUCAGCUCUCCAAAAAAGAAAAUGGAUUUUGCAGGUUGAAGAUGUUUGAUCUCUUUGACUCUUUGCCUUCCGUUGUUCCCAUGUACUUUCUGAAAGUCUCUCUUUUCUUUCUUUCCUUUUUCUUUGGUGAACCCCACAGGUCUAUCUCAGAGAGGCAGGAUGCUGUGCAGGAGAUCCUGGAGUCGCACUCGCUCACUUUGAAUUCCGUCAAAUCCCUGUUGUCGCAUUUGCCCGACCUGGAGAGAGGCAUCUGCAGCAUCUACCACAAAAAGUCUUCCACACAGGAGUUUUACCUCAUUAGCAGUGGCCUUUCUCGACUGGGAAGUGAACUGCAGGCCUUGCUCCCAGCUAUCCAGUCACAGAUCAGCUCUGCGCUCCUCCGAGACCUCUUGUUGGACGCUCCCGACCUGCUGGCUCCCGCUCACAGCCACCUCAAGGUGCUCAAUGAAAGGGCUGCCAAGACAGGAAAUAAGACGGAGCUUUUCUCAGACCUGUCCGGCUUCCCGGUGCUGCGGGAAAGGAGGGAGCAGAUCCAGGCCGUCGUCAGCCAGAUUCAAGACCACCGCAAAGAAAUCCGACGGACACUGAAGGCCCCGGCGCUGGACUACGCCACAGUCUCUGGACAGGAGUUUCUGAUUGAGGUGAAGAACUCGCUGUCGUCCACUGUUCCACCUGGCUGGGUCAAAAUCAGCAGUACCAAGGCAGUCAGCAGGUAUCACUCUCCUUUCCUGGCGGAGCGCUACAAGAAGCUGCUGCAGCUCCGAGAGCAGCUGCUGCUGGACUGCCAGAGGGAGUGGACCAAUUUUUUGGAUCAGUUUGGGGAGCACUAUCACACCAUGAAAAGGGCUAUUAGUCACCUAGCAACCAUGGACUGUCUCUUUUCAUUGGCUGAGGUGGCUAAACAAGGGGACUAUUGCAGGCCAGAGGUGUGUGAAGGUGAGCAUCAGAUUAUGAUCCAGGACGGCAGACACCCGGCCAUCGACUUACUGAUGGGAGAGCACAACCAGUAUGUGCCCAACCUCACUGAACUACAGGGCGAUGGCAGGAGAACUAUGAUAAUCACUGGUCCUAAUAUGGGGGGUAAGAGCUCCUACAUCCGCCAGGUGGCCCUGAUCUGUGUUAUGGCUCAGAUGGGCUCCUACGUCCCGGCCUCUGAGGCCCGCCUGGGCAUGCUGGACGGCAUUUAUACCAGGAUGGGGGCUUCAGACAACAUUUACAAAGGCCGCAGUACGUUCAUGGAAGAGCUCACCGAAGCCUCGGAGAUCAUUUUUCGCGCAACCGAACGUUCAUUAGUCAUCCUCGAUGAACUGGGACGGGGAACGAGCACCCACGAUGGGAUCGCCAUCGCCUAUGCCACCCUGGAGUACUUCAUCAGAGAUGUGAAAGCCCUCACCCUGUUUGUGACCCAUUACCCUCCUCUGUGUGAGCUGGAGCGGGCGUAUCCUGAACAUGUGUCCAACUACCACAUGGCUUUCCUACUCAAUGAACCUGACAUCGCCGCUGACACUGACGAUGGAGAGGUUGAGCCAGAGUUCAUCACUUUCCUCUACCAGUUAACUGAAGGAGCUGCAGGGCGGAGCUACGGCCUGAAUGUCGCCCGAUUGGCUGACAUCCCAGACCACAUACUACACACUGCUGCACGCAAAGCCAGAGAGCUGGAGAGCACGGUCAACGCCAGGAGGAAGAAGAAGAAACUUCUGUCAGAUCUUUUGAGCAUCUCGGACAGAUCGUCCCUCACGGAGUGGCUGCAGUCAAACUCUUGACAUCGCCGCAACAGUAGUCAACGCCAUGAAGAGGAGAGAACCCAGCCAUCAGUGGAAGAAGAACAUACAAGGCAGAAGUAAAAACGUGUUCCAGAGAGGACUCAUCAUUGAUUGGAGUAGAGUGGUUGUUGCUGCUCUCUUUGCUAGUGAGUGUGUGUGAGAAAAGGAUUUAACUCAGGUUUUGUCUCUCACCAUCGUCUGUACUGUAACCUAAUUGUCAGGAUAUCAAUUAAUACCAGCUGAUCUAGAUUUGACCUAUACCAGGCUGUAUGUGGCUCAAGUGUGUUUGGUUAUUAAACGAGGAAAAGAAAAGACAAACUUGUCACACCUGCUGUCCUUUGAUCUUAAAAGAGAACUCCACUGAUGGAGCAUUUAGCACGUCUAUAGUAUCGACAAUAAAAUAAAAAAUCAUGCAUUCUUUACUCUGCGCAUCCUUCUUCAUGUUACUAUGUGGAUACCUACAUUACC